AUUUUUCGAAUUGGAGCACCCAUUUAUUUUAAUUCAUUAUUUUCCAAUUCAUUUGGUCAGGGUGAACGGGGGGAUUUCGAGAUGGUGCUAGAGCGUAGACAGAGAAACUAAUAGACGCAAUGACGAUUUCCUUCUCACUUACACAAGAAAGAGAACGAAAAUUACGUUACAAAUGGUUUAGACAGAGAUAAAAUUAUCAAAUGUUUUGUCCCUUAUCGCGUAACCAGUUUUGGUGUUUUUUUCGCUACUCAAGUAGCAAAACAAAUUGACAGUUGGUGCGUUCGUUGUGUUUAUUGUUCAAUUUUUGCUUAUUUUUAUGGUAGAAAACGAUUUUUACCUAGUGAAAAAACCAAGAACCAAACCUUAUAUCAUGCAAAUUGUAGUUACUAUGGCAACAUUAUACGUACACUUUGACAAACUAUCUCGGUCUCAAUCGCGGUUUCACGGCCCUUUGGUCUAUUUGUUUCUCUGUCUACGUGCUAGGGCUAUAGGGCUUUUCAGAGUUGGCAGCACUGGGCCAAGAUCUCUAAAUAAGGAGCAAGUUCGUUGUGCAUGUAGUUACAAACAGAAGAAUGGAAAUACCUAUAUUAAGCCUGAUUGGCUGCAUGAACAUAAUGACGGAAAAGAGUAUCUUCCCUCUUAUAAUAUUGCUCCAAGUGAUGUAACGCCUGUACUAAUUGCAGGCAAUAGAAAUGAGGGUAUAUCUAAAACAAGUAGAGUUCUCAAGCCAAUGAUGUGGGGAAUAAUUCCUCCAUGGCACAAAGGUGAUUAUAAAAACCAUAAUUUAAGCACAAACAAUUGCCGCAUUGAGAAUAUCAAAAGUUCUAAGUUGUUCAAUCCAAUAUUGAUAAAUGGAGGCAGAUGUGUUAUUGUAGUAGAAGGCUUUUACGAAUGGCAAACAACCAUCAAGUUCAAAAUAAAGCAACCAUAUUACAUAUAUGCACCUCAAGGAGACAAUAUCCAGGUGGAUGAUCCAGAAACAUGGAACAAUGAAUUUAAUGAGACAGAUGGUUGGAAAGGAAUUAAACUAUUACACAUGGCUGGGUUAUACCAUGCAUGGCAACAUGAAGGAACAAUAGUCUACUCAUAUUCUGUUAUAACUAUGGAGUCAAAUGACACAUUGAAUUGGCUUCAUCACAGAAUGCCAGCUAUUUUAGACUCCCAAGAACAGAUAGACGCAUGGCUUGAUAUUCAUAGUGUCAAUUCGGAACUGGCCCUUUCAUAUCUAAGAUCUGUCAAAAUAUUGUCCUGGCAUCAAGUAUCUAAAGAAGUCAAUAAUUCCAGAUAUAAAUCAUCAAACUGUAAUAAAAGAGUAACAACUGAAAAAAAAAGUAAACAAAAAACAUUGACUUCAUUUUUCACUAAGACUGAGAAGCGAAAAUAUAAUGAUGAAGACAAUAUAAUUAACGAGGAAUGUAAAAAAAUAAAAUCAUAAUAGCAAAA